CAUGUUCAAUCUCUAUCCAGAGGUCUUGGGAUAUUAAGAGAUUUGUAGUUUGAGAGUCCCUCUCAUUGCUUUCAAUGCAAGGUGGCCUUAUAAUAAAUUUUCUUUGUCCUUAUAAUAUACCAAGUUUUCUGUUUGUCAUUGGAAGGGAAUAUUUGCAUUAAGCACAUUUGUCUUCUCUUAUCCUUCUUUCUCUUCACACCUCCAUUCAUCAAAUUCAGUAAUUUUUUCAUUAUUUGCAUGCUUUUUUCUCAUUUCCAAGGGCAUUUUUGUCUCUGCAAUUCGCCAACCUAUUCAACAAACUAUGAUAAAAAUACACAUAUAAAUUGAUUAGUGUUAAUUUGCCCUUCCCAUUUCCCUAUACCAAGACUUUCUCUUCCCAAAUGAAAAAGGCAUCGCCUCAAGAUUCUGUCCCUUUCCCUGGAAAAACAACGCAGUUCGCUGCUGAAUGCUGGUUUGACGACGCAUGCAUCCUCAAUAUGGACUAUUUCGUUAAGACAUUAGCCGGCAUUAAGCCUAAGGGUGUCCGUCCUGAUCUUAUUGGCUCAAUCAUAGCUCACUACGCCUCCAAAUGGCUACCUGAGCUAUCUGGUGACGAUGCUUGUGACAGAGGAUUAACCAAUUUCGAAGAAUCACCCGAAAGUGUUACAGCCUCAUGGAUGAAGAAGAGAUUUUUUGUUGAAACUCUAGUGGGUGUCUUGCCUCCGGAGAAGGAUUCAGUUCCAUGCAACUUCCUGCUUCGCCUUCUCCGGACGGCAAACAUGGUUGCAGUGGAGCCAACAUAUAGAGAAGAGCUCGAGAAGAGGAUUUCAUGGCAGCUUGACCAAGCUUCAUUAAAAGAGCUAAUGAUACCAUCUUUUAGCCACACUUGUGGGACUUUACUAGACGUUGAGCUAGUGACACGAUUAGUGAAGAGAUUUGUUAAUUUGGAUGAAGCAGCUAAGAGUGGAGCUGCUGCUUUAGUUAAGGUGGCUAAGCUUGUGGAUUCUUACUUGGCAGAAGCAGCAGUGGAUGCUAAUUUGAGUUUGCCAGAGUUUGAUGAUCUUGCUUCUGCUCUCCCUAGCCAUGCUCGAGCUAUUGAUGAUGGUUUAUACAGAGCCAUUGAUACUUACCUCAAAGCACAUCCUGGAUGUACAAAGCAAGAAAGGAAGAUUCUUUGCAGAUUAAUUGAUAGCAGGAAGCUCUCUCCUGAGGCUUCACUCCACGCUGCUCAGAACGAAAGGUUGCCUGUUCGUGCAGUGAUCCAGGUUCUCUUCUCUGAACAAACCAAGCUCAAUAGGCACAUUGACUGGAGUGGCUCAUUCAGUGGCACGAGGAGCCCGAACCCAGGGUUCGACCCUUCUGGAAGGUGCUUUUCAAAACGGGAAAUGAAUGCCCAACAAGUGGAGAUAAAGAAGUUAAGAGAAGAUGUGCUGAGGCUGCAAGGGCAAUGCUACGCCAUGCAAAUGCAAAUGGAGAGGUUGGUGGAGAAGAAGAAAGGAUUCUUUAGGUGGAAGAAGCUGGGGAUAAUGUCCUCGUUAAAAAGUGUUAGUGGUGUUGAGAAGAUUGAAGAGGGUGAUGGAGAGGUAGAGGCUGGGUUUGGGAGGAUGACUCCUGUGGACAUGAAGACUAAGUUGGUGAAGGGUAGGAAUCCUAAGUGGAGAAAAUCCAUGUCUUGAAUGUGAAAUUUCAAGCUACAUGACUGACACAUGGUUUUUUUUUUUUUGUUUAAAAUGACGUUAUGCUAAUUAAUUAUGUGUUUUGUUUUGUUUGUAUUAAUAAGAAAUAAUCUAUAUUUAAAAUAAAAUCAACUUUUCAAAUAGAACA